GACAGUCCCCAGUGUCCGUGGCGCUGCCCGGGCCCUGCCCAGCUCCGCUUCUCCUCCUUGCACCGUGUCCUGCCGCUGGCCAUGACCCCUGGCAGGGCAGCCCUGCACACCAGCUUCCAGCUCCCGGUGGCUGGGGUCUGCCCUGGCUGCCUGUUUUUGGGUGGUUUUGGGUUUGUGGUUUUUCUUUUUUUUUUCUUAUUUUAUUUGAAUGUGACACCUGCUAGCUAGAUGUGAAAGGUUAACAGAGCGAAUGGGGAGACGUGAAGGUCCUGACUGACAGCAGUACUUUGGUUCAGGCAUCACAAACAUGCAGGCGACCCUGGUACCAAACCUGCCGUGGCCCUGCAAACCCUGAAAAUCCCAUGAGGCAGCAUCUCCUCAGGCACCAAGGAUUCGAGGCCAUGUCUUAUCAGGAGAUAACAGCAGCGUCCCGAGCUGGGACUAGACAAAAAUAAAACUGCCCCAGCUGCACUUUUGCACAAACAACAAGGCUGAGUUUGAAAACCAGGCUGUUGCCUCACGCUAUAAAUGCCUGUGGCCUCACCAAGCCCACCAGGCUCAGUGGUUCGACAGUGAGCUGCACUGCGGUGAACUCCCCUGGGGCAGGGGACCCUCUCAGAGUCACUGCUCGAGGCUGACCGACCCUUCAUCGGGUGUCUGAUAUCCGCAGCGAGAUGUCGUCCCCAGAGGAACUGUCUGCCCUGGCAGAUGAGGACCUGCUUGAAUUCCUCCUGAAGGAUGAUGCUCCCUGCCUUGAAAUCCCAGGGGAGGAAGACGGUCUGCUGGAAGACUGGGGCCUGCCAGAGCCUGGGCUGCUGGACAAGGAGAUGGAUGACUUCAUCAGCUCACUGCUGAGCCCCUUUGAAGAUGAACCAGUCACGCUGCAGGGUUAUACGACUGACAGUAGUGUUUACGAGGAUCAGCAGCUGUCCCAUACCUCCAGCGGUGACUUUGCCGACAGCCCUCGAAGUUCAGACAUUGUGCAGGUUGAUCACAACUAUUCUCUCCAUCAGAACUGGCCUGUGCUGGAAAGUGUGAGGUCUGAAAUGGCAGAAGGAGAUGUUUCCAUUGACCUUGGGCCAUGGACAGAUUUGGAAGGCUCAGACAAGGCGCUGGAACAGAGCUCUGGUUUCCUCACUACUGUUGCUGUGGAUGCCAAACCCCAGCUUGUGCCUGAAGCCAUUGUGCAGUCUGACUUCCCAGAGCUGGUACUGACAGAGGAGGAGAAGCAGCUCCUGGAGAAAGAAGGUGUUUCAUUACCAACCUGUCUACCACUAACCAAAACUGAAGAGCGGCUUCUGAAGAAAGUACGUCGGAAGAUCCGGAACAAGCAAUCAGCCCAGAAUAGUCGUCGCAGGAAAAAGAUCUACGUGGACGGCCUGGAAAACCGGGUGGCAGCCUGCACAGCUCAGAACCAAAGGCUGGAGAAGAAGGUGCAGCUGCUGCAGGAGCAGAACAUGUCACUGCUCAAGCAAUUGCGGAAACUGCAGGCCUUGGUGAUCCAGUCAACCACCAAAACUGCCACAGCAAAAAGCUGCACCAUGGUUCUGGUUCUGUCCUUCUGCUUCAUUCUCUCCCCCAACAUCUGCUCAUUGGGCGGCAGAGAGCCACAGCCAGAGCUCAGAGUGCUGUCCCGGCAGAUCCGCGAGUUCCCGAACCAGGCAGCACCUGAAGUGCAGGAGAAGGCUGCGUUACAGGGGCUCAUUCCAGAGCCUGAGGACCCCUCGUUGUUGGGCAGCCUCAGUCAGUCAUGGGAAGAGAAGCAGAGCCCACCUAACCCGGAUCUCAGAUCUUCUUUCUACAGCAACUCGUCUUCUGACCCUCCAGCGACAGCGGGCUCAGAGCUGGGCCCUCCCCAGCCUCAGGAGGAGCUUUCCCAGAGCGACUCUUUGCAGGCAGCGAUGCUGGCGGCCUGGAAAGCCAAGAGGCAGGAGUGGAUGGAAGGUGCUGCCAGAGUUGUCAUCCAGCAGCACCAUGCCAAUGAGAUGUGACCCCUGCCACCUCCUGCCUCUUGGGGUGACUCCAGCCACCCUGCCAGGCAGGACAAACAGAGCUGCGUUAGCAGAUAAUCUAUCAAAGCAGAUUCUUCUGAAUACUCUCCUGAUCAGUGGCAGCUCAGAGGGUUUACCAGGGAGGAAUUGUUUUAGGGUUGGCCUAUUCUGAUGCUCUGUAUAUCUAUAGCAUGACUCUAUCUGAGAUGGGGUAGGAAAUGCUGGGAGCUUUGCAAUGGAUGCUGAUGUGGCCUGCAGCCUGGGGCUGCAGAGAAGGGGUGUGGCAUGAAAGCUGAAGGCAGAUGGGCCUGAGGUGCCUGUGCUUCAUCUGGCUGGAUGCAGUUGGUGAUGGAGACUGCUGCCCUGCUUCUUCCCUGCCCAGGUUGAGGUGAACAGGCUGCAUCCUACACUUCUUGCUGCCUCUGGUGGCUGCAAGCAUCUGUCCCUUGUUCCCUUCCUUGUAAUCCUGCAGUGUUGCAUGAUUCCUAUAUGUGAGAUAGUGAGCUGACCUUCAGUGUCCUCACAGGGAGUGAUCCUGCCAUUGCGACAGACCCUGCAUGUCGCCUGUUCCUGCUAGCUUUUGAGCCACAGGCACAGCUCCUGGCCUGGCUAGAGAAGGUAAUGUGGAGUCCUUCCCAAGCCGUGUAUGUUCUUCCCCAUCUGUAGGAGCUGGGCUUUUCAUCUCCCACAGCCCUGGGAGCAGGACUUCUGGGCCUGAGGGAGAAGGUGUGCAUGAGAUGGGACUGCUGAGGGGCUGUGGAGCGGAGAGCCGCAGACCUGCUUGCCCUUGUGAAGGUUUUCUUGGCCACGGGACAGUUUAAAAGCUGUGUCCUCGUGUGCCUGGCCUUUGCUGCCCUGCCCAGUGAUGUGGUCACCUGGCUCUGGUUGCUCCCCAGGGCUGAGCAGGGACACUUUGAGCUGGUGAGCGGUGCCUUUCCUGGAGUGCAACUUAGUGGUACCUGUUGAUCAUCCCUCCUUGUCCUGCUUCAGGACAUUUCAUAGAAUCUUACAAAAUAGUCUGUCUUGGAAGGGACCUUUAAAGAUAAUCUAGUCCAACCCCCAUGUGAUGAACAGGGACUUCAACUAGAUCAGGAUAAUAAUGAUUUCCUUAUUAAUAACAUGUAAGUAAAUAUUAAUGAUGUGUG